AGACAGGCUCCGGCCAUGGUGGUGGUUGCACCCGCGCAGAGCCCGGCCGCCGGGGCUCCUAAAGUGCUGCUUCUGUCCGGCCAGCCCGCUGCGGCCGCCGGAGCCCCGGCUGGCCGGGCUCUGCCGGUCAUGGUGCCGGGCCAGCAAGGGGCCAGCCCGGAGGGGGCGAGCGGGGGGCCUCCCCAGGCGCGCAAGCGACAGCGCCUCACGCACCUGAGCCCCGAAGAGAAGGCGCUGCGGAGGAAACUGAAAAACAGAGUAGCAGCUCAGACUGCCAGAGACCGAAAGAAAGCUCGAAUGAGUGAGCUGGAGCAACAAGUGGUAGAUUUGGAAGAAGAGAACCAUAAGCUUUUGUUGGAAAAUCAGCUUUUACGAGAGAAAACUCAUGGCCUUGUAGUUGAGAAUCAGGAGUUAAGACAGCGGUUGGGGAUGGAUGCCCUAGUGACUGAAGAGGAAGCAGAGACCAAGGGGAAUGGAGUGGGGCCGGUGGCCGGGUCUGCUGAGCGCAGCACUCAGACUACGUGCACCUCUGCAGCAGGUGCAGGCCCAGUUGUCACCCGUCCAGAACAUCUCCCCAUGGACUCUGACGGUGUUGACUCUUCAGACUCUGAGUCUGAUAUCCUGUUGGGCAUUCUGUUCAACUUGGAUCCAGUCAUGUUCCUCAGAUGUCCUUCCCCAGAGUCUGCCAUCCUGGAGCACCUCCCAGAAGUGGACCCAGAAGGACCCAGUUCCUUACCAGCCUCCCCUUCUCCAUCCCUGGGGACGUCAUCAGCCAAGCUGGAAGCCAUUAAUGAACUGAUUCGUUUUGACCAUGUAUAUACAAAGCCCCUAGUCUUAGAGAUGCCCUCUGAGACAGAGAGCCAAGCCGAUGUGGUAGUGAAAAUUGAGGAAGCACCUUUCAGUCCCUCAGAGAAAGAUCACCCUGAAUUCACUGUCUCAGUGAAGGAAGAACUUGUAGAAGAUGACUUCAUUCCAGAGCUGGGUAUCUCAGAUGUGCUUUCAACCAGCAACUGCCUGAAGCCAUCUUCCUGCCUGCUGGAUGCUUACAGUGACUGUAGCUAUGAGGGUUCCCCUUCUCCCUUGAGCGAGAUGUCCUCCCUGCUUGAUGCAGACCAUUCUUGGGAGGACCCUUUUGCCAGUGAACUCUUUCCCCAGCUGAUUAGAGUCUGAGGAGUGAUCCAGUACUGAUGCUCUUUUCCUGACUGUGACACUGCCGGGAGGACAGCACAGAGGCCUGUGCUUCAUCCAAAAAGCCAAAGUAGAGGGGGUGUGGUCCUGGAGAACUCCUCUAAAGUAUUUGUUCAAGCCUCCUAGGUUACCCCAAGUAUUGUCUUUUGACCUUUAGUGGUCGAGGGUACGUAGAUACAUUACUGUGAUCGAGAAUUACAGCUUCUGAGGGUGUACCUUUAUCUUAAGGGCGGUGGUUUGCCCUGAAGCACUUACACAAGGGUCAGGCGAUAAGUGCUUCAGACAUGGAGUUAAGGAGUGGUCCUUGAUCAAUUUCUCUUUCCCCUUCUCGGCAUCGCAGGCUUGCCUCUGAUUUUAGGUCCUUUAGUUUGCUUCUGCAAGCGGAACGCCUGCCUGAGGGGGCUCCUUUUCCCUCAUGUACAGUUCAAGGAAAGAUCAAGAGUCUUUUGUAAAAUUACAGAAAACUACUGUGUAAAUGCUUGAUGAAAUCUUUCCUGCUAGUGUAACUUUGGAAGGUGCUUUCUCCAUUUAUUUAAAACUACCUGUGCAAUUAAAAAGUACAAUGCA